AUGAGCUGCUACUAUGGCAACUACUAUGGUGGUCUGGGCUGUGGCUAUGGUGGUCUAGGCUAUGGCUAUGGCUGUGGCUAUGGUGGCUAUGGCUAUGGUGGCCUAGGCUGUGGCUAUGGUGGCUAUGGUGGCUAUGGUUAUGGAUGCUGCCGCCCACUCUGCUGCAGAAGAUACUAUUCCUAUGGCUUCUACUGA